GAUCGACAGUGCCCUUGUUUUGCCUAUAAGCAUCAUAUCACAAAAGUUAUCAAGGAGCCAGAGAAAAAAAGGAAACAGGAAUUCGUUGCUGGAACAUUUAUCCCUGUGCAAACCAAAAGUUUUCCAUUCCCAGAAAAAAAAAAAUGAAGUAUCUUCUUUUCUUCGCUGCUUUGAUAGCUACAGCAACAGCUGAGCUGACCUGCCAAUGUUCCACACCGACAUCCGGACCACCAUGCGAUAAAGAUAAAAAUACUUGUACUAUCCAAGACGGACAAUGUUAUUCAGUUGAGAGGGAAAUCUUUACCGAGAAAGAGAAGACAGUAAACGCAACAAGUAAAGGCUGCCAGGAUAUCAAAGGGGAUGUCUGCAAUGAAGGACUUGUGUUCAUUUUGUCUGAGGAUGCUUUUUAUCUGUUGAGCAACGUUAAAUGCUGUAAAGACAAAAAUCAAUGUAAUCAAAAUGAUGCUCCAAAACUUCCAAGCUUUUCAGAAGUUAACAAGACUCUUUCCAGCAAAAAGCUGGUUUGUCCAUCAUGCUUUGCUUACAAAAACAAAACAUGUGGGGGUGAACGGAUGUACUGCAAGGAAAACCAGGACAAAUGCUUCACUGUCAGUGGGACAGUCACCAAAGGUUCAGCUGCAGCUGAAGAGUUCGCCGCGAAGGGAUGUGCUACUUCAAAAACCAUCUUAAAAGUUAAUACCACCCUGACCUUUGGAGAUAACUCUUACAAACUUGAAAAUGUCCAAGUUGAGGAAGCCCAAAGUGGUGCCAGCUGGAUUUCCAACUGCCUAUCUUUUGCUAUUCUUCUGCCAAGUGCCCUAUGGUUCUUACUGGACAGCUCUCUGUAUUAACCCCAACCUGCCAAUGUCCUCUCUACUCAAAUGGGGAAAGUCUCCCAUUGAAUUCUACCAAAGAAGCCAUACAGUAAAUAAAAAAAAAAUUGUUGGUUUCAGCAAUUGUUGGUGCCCAGUAUGUCUCUCAAUUGCUGGUUUCCGAGUCUCUCUCCCCCUCCCUCACUCCUUUUCCCUCCCUCUCUCUCCCUCCCUCUCCCUCUUUCUCUCUCCUCUUUGUUCAGUAAAAAGGGAUUUUAAUGUAUCUAACUAAUGCAUAUCUUAAAUAAGAAUAGAAAUGGUGGUGUUGAGAAGGACCCGCAAAUAAAGGAAUCACAACGGUGUAGAUAUUGUUGAGUUCAAUGGGCUUUUUUAUAUAGCCGUUUGAAAAGGCUCAGUUAAGAUUGGAAUAGAUUAAUUGGUUUAAAUAAUUAAGCUUCCAACGAUUGAGGUAAGGCUAUAAUCAUCAUACUGAAGAACAAAAAUAUAUUUUUACAUGUGUUUUUUUUCUGUUGAUGUAUGAUACCUAUCUAAGGGGCACCCUGUGUGUGUGAUAAUGUAAUGGAAUGCCUCUUGUAAGACAAUGCCUGCCAUCUUUCAUUGUUUCUUUUAUUU